UUACGAUUUUAUGGUAAAUGACUUGGGGUCGCUGUGUCUUGUUCCCAGGUCUCUAAAUACGACGACCGUGAAAGCAAAACAAAAUUUCAAAAGAUGGCGGCCUAUAGAGGUCCUUGACAACGUGAAGCGUCUGCUUUGUUUCUUGCCAUGUAACUCGAUUUAAUGGUAUGGAAAUAGUCUCGGAAGGAAGGUAUAUAUGUAGAAUAAUAUAGAAUUGUUUUAGACAGGGAAUAUGCCAUAAUAUGGCUUUGGUUUUGGGUUAAAAUCUUGUUUAUUGUACAGACAAGUAGUGAACUACAGUACUAAAUGUCAAAAUCUUUUGUACAUUACUACUUUUUAGCUUAGAGUCCAUAAGCAGACCAGCUUCAACAAGCAAGAGAUCCAGUAGUCGGUCCUCUGUGGUAAGCUUUCAACAUUCAUUCACAACCUACCAGAAGUAGCAAUUUUAAUAUACGGGCUAUAUACCUACACUUCUUUGGUUUGCAUGACCCAUUGACCCUAGAUUCGAAAACCCUCUCCCCAAAAAAGAAAACGAUGCAAGAAUUAUCCAAUGCUCACUCACUAUUAUAUCUUCCAAUCCAAUAUUUGUUUACACUGUUAUAUUAUUCAAAGUGACCAGACAGCCGGCUAUUUAGUAAACUGCUGGCUAUAUAGUGACUAUAGUUAAAUAUAAAAAACUUUUGUUUGUGGUAGCUUUUAGAAAGCUUGCCGUUGGUGUAUAUACGAUAAAGGCGCUGACGUGCAAAAAGUGAAACACAGUCCAGGUCAGAUUGUGUUUUGUCUGACUUAGCAUUUUUUCUUAAAAUUGUUUAAACUUUUUUUUCCGCCUUCUCUAGUUCUUUAACUCUCAAAGGGUUAGGGUUAGAGAAAGAUUUGGGGUUGGGAUCAGUUUAUCUUAUAAAAAUUCAACUUUAACUAUAGUCACUAUAUAGCUGGCAGUUUACUAAACAGCUGGUUGUCUACUCACUUUGUAUAUAUUUUGUUCUCUUAAAAGAGAUCAGCAUCCAGUUCAGUUCAACAUUCUUUGGAUAUCCUACCACCCGAAGGUAUACAUAUUAAUAGAGUUUAACGUAGUACACUUUAUUGCAUAAUUAUAAACUUGUCAAUUUUAUAUCACAGAUUUUAUUGCAAUUGAUUAUAUCACUGACAGCAUUUUAUUGCAAUUCAUUUAGAGCCAUCUCUUAGCUGGUCAACCAAUUUUCAGGUUCGAUUCAUAUAUUUUUAGUCAUUUAAUCAUUUUCCAUGGUCUCUAAUGAGAAAGUUUAUCAAAUAUUUUUCCACUUAAAAUGUUGAGAACCCUCACUGACUUUGGUUUAUUGAUGGUAGGUUGAAGAAGAUGUUGUGGUCACAGAUAUAACUGAAGAUGUAAGCUCAGACAACGAACAGGAUUUGUUGUUGACAGAUGAAACCUCUUUGCAAGCCAAGUUUGAACAAACCAGUAACAAGACUACCAACAGUUUAUCAGUGCUUGACGAAGCCAGUUUGUCAGACAAAAUUGGACAGCAAAUUAUCAACUCAGACUCAGUAAAGGAGGCAUUGUUGAGUAAUGAAAACACCUUGAAAGAGAAGACGAAACAACAUGGUACAUGGCUCCAUAAAACUUAAUUUUCUUUUUUCUCAUUUUGCACUUCUUUAAAGAAUGUUCAAAAAUACUGUAAAUUUUCUCAAUAGAAAACUCAAUAGGGAGUGUUACUGAACUCCAAGAUGAAAAUCUUGAACAAGCAGAAAGUGAAAGUAGUUCUACAACAGGAAGUUAUGAGAAUGAAGGUCUGGAUCCUAAAAUUCGCAAAGGAAUGGAACGAAUUAAGAAACUUGAUAAUAUAUUGACUGAAAAAGUGAAGGUAAUUGUUAAAGCCCGUUUUCCACUGAGCAUAUUUGUUCACGCAUAGCGACUUUUUCCUUUAUUGGCUUCGCUUUUUUGCUUAAGUAUUUAAGGAUCAUUUAAAGCUGGAGUAAUAUGAGCAACAAAAUUGCUGCAACUUGCAACAAAAUCUGAUUUCAACGCAUGUUAAGUAGAAAUGUUGACACAUGUUGCCUCGUGAUUUGUAAUGUAUGUGUGAACAUUUUCAAUUAACAUGCGUUGAAAUCAGAUUUUGUUGCCAGUUGCAGCAAUUUUGUUGCCCAUAUUACUCCACCUUAAGGUACUAAAGUAUGAAAUAAAUAUGAAUAAAAAUGCUAAGUUUCGCCAUAUACAUCCCGCGUUUCUAGAGAGAAAAAGAAGUGAAGAAACAGCGACGUGAUCAGGAACGUAUGUGGCGAGAUCACCUUGACAUGCUCGAGAAAAGUCGUGAUGCUGAGCUUGGCAAACCAGUUGACCUAGGGCCAGCCCAUAUGUUGGCUCUAGGGGCUCCCAAUGAAACAGGUAUAGUAUUCUCUACAAAGGCGUUUACAGUCAAACCGGAUGUUCUCUUGCAAGCAACAUUGCAAUAUAAUAUUGUCUCACAAUAUUGAUAGGGAGAUUGCUCUGAGCAAUUUGCAAGCGACACGAACAAUACUAGUAUUCUCUACAAAGGCGUUUAAUUCCUUACAACAACAAUUCCCUUUGAGCUCUUUGAUAUAGCCGGGUAGACAGGGGUGGAAAAACUAGGCGAGGAGGCGAACACUGUUCGCAGGAAAUGUUAAACAACUGCAGGAAAUUUGUUUGAAUGAAGAUUUGCUAUUGAAAAUUUGAGGCGCAACAACAUAUAUAUAUAUGGUUGACAGACAUUAUUCCUUGAAUUUAAAACCAUAGUCAGUUCGAACACUAUAUGUUUAUGCAAAUGCAGAUUUAGGACAAAAAUACUUCGUUGGUCUGCAGGAAAUUUUUGUCUCCAAGUUGUGCUCCCAGGAAGAAAAUUAUUUUUUCCUGCCCUGCCGGUAGAGUACUUGUGUUUUCAUUUAAACAAAGCUUUGGUUAAACAAAGCAUGCAACAAAAAUUGCGGGUUUCAGGUUGGAAGAAGUUGCUAGACUUUUUGAGUUUUCUAGUAUUAGAAAGUCUUGGAGCUUCGGUGGCACAGUCAUUAAAGCAAGCGCCUUCCACCUCUGAGUUCGUGGGUUGGAUUCUCGCUACGGACUCAUGUGAAAAGAGUCUGUCAAAGCUCUGCCGAAAGUCGUGCAUUUUCUCCGAGUGCUCCGGUUUCCUCCCACAGAGAAAGUAGGUUAGGAUAAACACAGUUAAGAAUUCAAAGUAAUAUCACAAUUGUUGUAAAGAUAAAAUAGUCCAGGCUAAGUAAUUAGAUAAGCGUAUGAUAUGUAUCCGUUCAGAAGUAAUAACUGUAAACUUUAUUUGGAAAAACCUAAAACAGACUUCAUGAAGAAAUCGCUUUCAUAUCGAGGUGCUACAUCAUGGAACAAUCUUCCAAAUGAUGUUGCCAACAACUAUAAAGAGCUCUCCAUAAGUAACUUCAAAACCUUAAUCAACAACUAUUUCACCAAUUUGGAGAGGAAUAGUGUGUGACAAUCACUUGUGCAUGGGCGGAUUUUGAUUCGAAGGAGUAAUUUUUGGGUCUGGGAGGGUUAACAUAACAUACUAUUUCUAGUUAUAUAUGUGAUUCAAUCUAGUUAUAUAUAGUGUUCAAUGGGCUUUCUUUUUAUAUAUAUUUAGUAUGUAAUAGAUUUUUCAUAUUUGUAAAUAUUUUAACGGCCCUUUGAAGGGCUACCGUUUUUAAAUAAGAUGAAAAAAAAAUACUUGAUGUAAAGGGCAUUUGAUCAUACAGUAUUUGCACUAUAGAAAUGUUAGUCCUAAGGUAUAGGGUGAAAAAAGCCAGAGAUUCAGGGUUUAAGAAACCUAGUGAAGACUCUGGACACGAAUGGUACCAAUACUCAUAAAUAUUUUUUACCAUUGAAGAAGACAGUGUUUCCGAAGACUCGCCUCCCGUCACUCCUCUUUUUGCUACACAGCCGCUGGUGGAUGAAGAAAGAAUACUACGGCAGAAACGUCACGAAGAAACUUAUUUUGAAAUCCAUGGACAUUCUGGUGACACGGAAGGUAAUGGUCUUCGGAUUUAUAAUUUUACAAUGGUGUAGCUUCACUCUUGGCUGUCUUAUAACGAGCAAGUUAUGUUUCGUUUUGUUACCCGUUUGUGGAAGACUGGAAGUGCGUUGGCUAAUGUUAAUAGUUCAUUUAUUGUUGAUUCUUCAAAGGAGAUGAUAUCUCGACUACUGAAAGCAGAAAUAAAAUGAGUCGUGGGGAGGCUAACGAAGAUAAAUUGAAGAGGAAUAACAAGAAGAAUAAAAAGGAACGAAAAAUGAAAAAGAAAGAUUUUAUUAAGCGAAAUAUUUUGGUAAGUUGGCU